CAUUCAAUACGACAGAUUCUGCAUUCACAGUUAGGAAACAAGCUGAUCCGGAUUGAAAAAUGCUGUUGCCGCUAGUUUUGGUGGCUGUUAUAGUUCCAUCCCUUACCCAGCAAUUAAGUAACAAGACGUUUGAGUGGUCUCAGUUGAACCUACGACAGGUGUGCCUUGAGUGCACUGGCGACCGUUAUGGGGCCAUACCAAACUUCCUCUCCGAAUCCCAUUUAGUGGCCGCCAUGAAACUGGUGCACAGAGAAGGAGCGAUACGCUGCACCCAAAACAAAGCCUACAAUAGCCGCUGGGGAUGCCAUUCGGGCAGCAAGACCCCCCUGAACAUUAUCAUAACAGACCAGAAAAACCAGAUUAUCUACCCAAGGAGCGAGUUCAUCAAGGACUGGAACACCCUGUGGUACGCCAUGCCAGGGGUAGACGAGUCCUAUUCUAACGAGCUCGUGUUCUCCAACUUGGGUGUUCCGUUUAACCUCGAGAAACAUCGGGAGCUCCGAAUCUGGUGCGGAGAGGAUCUCAAAAACAAGAAUGACCAUGAUAAUCAAGGUCGUGUCUGCGUUGAUGUCUUCAUCAAAUACUACUGAUCAAAAUAUUAUCCUCAAUGACUUGUUUAGUUGUUAACUGAAAGUGGCAAUAAAGGAUGUAGAAAUGUCCUUUAAAA